AUGGGUCACGCCCAGUCUCGCCAACAGCACGACGAUGGCCAAGAGCCCCUCGACGACCAUGUCGUCACCUCGUCGCAUGCUGCUUCCCAUCGCGCUUCGCAAAGCAAUGACAGCCAUGCUUUCCACUCCGCCAACCGCGAGGCUGUAAGCACGACAAGUAGGCGCAAGCGUCGUCGCGAUUCGGCUUCGGUCGCAUCUUCUUCAACCAUUGCGCAUCAGCCGCUCUCCCAAAGACGUAGAAUGUCCCCUCGCUCUGAUACCCAAUCACGCCCUGCCACGCCUCUCGUCUCGCCUGAUACCGACCCAAUUCAUCUACCCACUCAAUCGUCGCAUCCCGAGAUGGACUUGGACGCAGCAGAACCGCCCAUCCAUUCUCUGCACUCCGCUCAAGCUCGCAUGCAAACCGCAGAAGCCAGCUCAACGCCUACUGAUACACACCACGUCUUUGUCGCCGCUCAGUCAAGAGUCGACACCCCUUCCGUGGUUCAAGAUGGAGAAACUCCCCCUCCCCACCUAGAUGCGCUACACGAUGAGCGAGAACGUGCUCGACGACAAAUACUAGAGGCUCUCGCUUCCACGCCUCGCCACACUCCUUCCUUGACAACGCCCGUUGAGUCAUCAGAUGAGCGCCUCGGCCAGUCUACGACGAUGCCCGGUCUAGACGCACCAUCCAUCGCCGCCCCUUCGGCCGCCCCUUCCCACCCCUUGGCUUCUGCCGCCAUUGCCGCCUUGCUCGGUGCCAUUGCAACAGUACCAGCAACCGACGCCACCGGCUUGGUCCCCGCUACGCCGGACAGCGCGGCAUCCCUGCCUCAUCUGCAACCACCGCCCCAGCCGCAGCAUCCGCAGCCCGCACGGCCUCCAACUUUCCGCACCCCGCUACAGCCGGAAAUCAUCAGCGGCACCUCGAUGGUCGUGCAAGGCGCACUUGUUGCUCGUACGCUUGCCAAUCGACCAGCAACCUCCGAUCCCUCUUCGCCCACUGAUUCUUCUCAAAGAUUCGGUACUCGCAGGGUCACGCGCGAACCGGCCACAACACGAUCACCAUCCAACGCGACUGCUGAGGCACGUACUGGUGCUGACAGCUUCCCUGACGUCCCGGAAACAUCAUCCGAAGGCGAUAGCCAACGAGGCGCUGUGACACUCGAGGAACAGGCGGUCAUGCUCAGUCGCAUCCUUGGCAUCGCAGCUGCAGCUACCGCUGCGUCCUUGCUCAACACCUCUGAGGCUCAGCACGUGGAUCCGUCUCUACUUCAGACCAGCCUUCGUCGACCUUUUGAGCGUAUGAACCAGACACCUAGCAAUCGUACCGAACGCUGGCUCGCCGACUGGCAACGUGCCAGUUCCCAUGAUCCACUAACCUCUGUCACUUCACGCGCCGAUCCGCCUUCGUCGCAUGCCCUGGGUAAUGGUUUUCGAAGCCGGCUCGCUUCCCUCUCCCGUCGCUCCCAGAGCGCAUCCAGCAGGCCCGGAUUUCACAAUGCUCAGCCGCUCAGCGACGCGAGCACACGUUCUGCGCCGGAUGACGGUACUGUCCAAGACCCGGCAGGCAGGCAAGAGAUCAUUUCACAUCUGCUCAGCGCAGCAGAGCGCGAGGCUGCUUCACAAAGACGGACGCGUCUACGAUCGGUGGAUGCACCGACAACUCGGACGGAAGCUGAGGCCAGCGACGCGGCUCGUGCCAGUCGCACGCAGCACGACACGCAACGAAGCAGCCUCUCACAGCUCGUCCGAUCGACGCUCGGAUCGCUCUUGCAUCCCGGUCGUCUUUUACCCACUCGAAGUACCCGGUCAACAGACACGCAGUUGCCCAGCUCCAGCUCGCAUCGCAGCGAUUGGACGAGAAGCUCAGCAGCCAGUUCUGGCCUGCGCCCUGCCACCAGACCGUCGUCAGACUUUUCUCUCGGCCCCAACGACGUUUCGGGCACGCUUCGACAGGUUCGAAACGGCAUCCUUCCUGACGGUGUGCCUGGCAGCUUUGGCAGCUUCCUCAAUCACCUGGUGAAUGAUCUCAUGGCGGCGGUACAGCUCAUGCGGCCCUCGAGUGAAGAACCACUGGCAUCAGAGAUCGCAACGCAGACGGCGCAGACGACCAACUACUUCGAGCAUGCUACCGAGGCUCAAGCCAGCUCAGGCGCAGAGGUGCUAGACGGCGAGACUGCUACCACUCGAUCGCAGCCCGCUUCCUCGCAGGACAAUUCCAGUGGCGAUUCGUCGGCUCAUCCUGACCAAGAAGACGCCGAGACGCAAGCGAGAAGGCAACGCGACUUUCAGAACGGCAAUCUUUCCUUCUUCCGUCUCUUCCGUUUUGAUCCUGUUGCGCCGUCGCAGCUGGUGCCAUGCAUCGUCGUCGGUGUGCGCAGUCUCAAUGUGACGGAACGAUUCGGUGAGGAAAUCGGCGGCGCUCGAGCUGCUGGUGCGGAUCGAGACUUGAACGGCUCACGCCAACAAACCUCGCGACCGACUACGUUCGGAUCUGCUGAGCCUGAAGAGCCUGAAUCGACCUCUCCGAGACGCCGUCAGCGUGCGCACUCAGAAGGUGCAUCGACACUGGCGCCGUCGCAAGACGGGUCGGACCAAACGGAUGGAGAGGAGCUUCCUGCGUCGCGCUUUAUGCUGUUCGUCUCUGGUGGUCGCUAUCCGCCUAACCAUCCUCUGCUUACGUCAAAUCCAUCUACGGCCGGACGCGAUUUGAUGAUCCUCAUGGAUCUGUUGAGCACGAUGCAAGCCAUGCAGCACAAGCCCAGCACGGUGACACAACGCGAAAUCGACGCGAGCGAUCUGCUCAAGAUCAAAGGCUGCCAGGUGGCUGAUCAGGUGCGGGAUGGCAAGAUCACCGAAAAUACGGCUGAGCGUUGCUUGGUUUGUCUUGAAGAUUGGCGAGAGGACGAUGAUUGUCGCGUUCUUGCUUGUCGCCACGCCUUUCACACUUUGUGUGUGGAUCGAUGGUUGACGUCCUCUUCCAACACAUGCCCCAUGUGCCGACGUCAGGGUGUCAGCAAGGAUGGUCGACAAGCAGGUGCCGAAACCGCCGACUCUCGACGAGCGGCACAGGCGUGA